AUGAAGCUGAAGCAGUUGGAAGGUCUCCUUGGAUCUCUUGACCAGUUCGAGAACCCUAAGAUUGAAUUGGAACAAUAUCCAACUGGGCCCCAUAUUGCAUCUCGAUUGCUGUACACUGCAGAGAAUUCGUUUGGGGAUGUUGAAGAUAAGGUGGUCGCAGAUUUUGGUUGUGGGUGCGGUACAUUAGGACUUGCAGCUGCUCUCUUAGGGGCUGAGCACGUUAUUGGGCUUGACAUUGAUACAGAAUCUCUUGAAAUUGCAUCCUCAAAUGCCGAUGAUCUUGAUCUAGUCAUGGACUUUGUUCGCUGCGAUAUCAGGAACUUAAAAUGGCGAGAUCGAAUUGUUGAUACAGUAGUAAUGAAUCCUCCAUUUGGUACAAGGAGGAAAGGUGCUGACAUGGAUUUCCUCUUCGUGGCUUUGAAGGUGGCUUCUCAAGCUGUUUAUUCCUUGCACAAGACCACCACAAGAGAUCACGUGAAAAGGACUGCCUUGCGAGAUUAUAAUGCUGUCAGCGCUGAGGUUCUAUGUGAGCUCCGGUUUGAUGUGCCUCAGCUGUACAAAUUUCACAAGAAAAAGGAGGUUGAUGUGGCUGUGGACCUCUGGCGUAAUGAUAGCGAUGAUGACCAUGAGGACGAUCAUGAUGAGGAAAAGUCAAAAGUGGGAGAAGGAGCCAAGGACGAGGAUGAGGAUGAGGGUGCUGACAUGGAAGAACUCAAGAAAGAAUGA